ACAAUUUCUUUAUGGUUGGCAUGGCAGGUCCCUAUUGAAGUAUUGAACCUUUGGAGAGACUUGGAAGAAGCAUCAGCCGAGGACACAGCCGGAGAGAUUUGUUUAAUCGAGUUUAUGCUUCUGCUGAAGAAAGAGCUUAUGCGAUUGAAAGAGCAGACCAACUUGAAUCUUCUUUAGAAUCCCAGUAUCCGAGUUUUGUGAAGCCCAUGCUCCAAUCACAUGUAACUGGAGGGUUUUGGCUAGGUUUCCCACUCCAAUUCUGCAAGAAAAACCUGCCUCAUCAUGACGUGACAGUGACUUUGGUGGAUGAAGAAGGGGAGGAGUUUGAAGCCAAAUACCUUGGUGGAAAGAAUGGUCUUAGCGCUGGUAGGAGAGGGUUUGCAGUUGACCAUAAUCUAGUAGAUGGGGAUGCUUUAGUAUUCCAGAUGGUAGCUCCCACUGAAUUUAAGGUGUAUAUUCUCAGGGCAUAUGGGUCAAAAGAAGAUAGAAGAGGACAAGGUAAUGAAGAUGCAGCAGUAGAUGAAGAUAACAAGGAAGUAGAUGGUGAGCCAGACGUCCAAAACAGAGGAUCUAAACGAAUUCGUGCAAGGAAAUAG